UCAGGUCUGUCACAUGAGAAGAGAGCGAAGUAGCUCAGCUCAGCCCCCACUCGCUCACAUGGAACGCCUCUGCUCGCCUCGACUACUUAACCAGCUAAACGCUCGGUUGAUUAGGAGAGGAAAAAAAACGAGGGAAAAAACGGGUGGAAACACACGCAAAAACACAACGCCGUGCGGCCUUGUAAAUACGGGCGACGCCGACGCGCAUCGCUCCCCGAACACCAAACGCCUCAGCUUGCCUUGGCUCUCGCCAGUCGCUACGCCCGCGACGACACGACCGCGCCGCGCGCGCGCGAGCGAGCGAGCAUGUCGGGCUCCUCUGCCGACCCCUCGCCAUCCGCCUCGACCGCGGGGGCGGCGGUCUCGCCGCUCGCGCUGCUCCGCGCGCACGGCCACGGCCACGGGCACCUGACUGCUACGCCGCCGUCGGGGGCGACGGGGCCGGCGCCGCCGCCGCCGUCGCCGGCGUCGGGGUCGGCGCCGCGGGACUACCGCAAGGGGAACUGGACGCUGCACGAGACGCUCAUCCUCAUCACCGCCAAUCGUCUGGACGACGACCGCCGCGCCGGCGUUGGGGGCGCGGCGGCUGGUGGCGGCGGCGCCGGGUCGCCGCCGACGCCGAGGUCGGCGGAGCAGCGGUGGAAGUGGGUGGAGAACUACUGCUGGAAGAACGGCUGCCUCCGCAGCCAGAACCAGUGCAAUGACAAGUGGGACAACCUCCUCCGCGACUACAAGAAGGUCCGCGACUACGAGUCCCGCGUCGCCGCCGCCGCCGCCACCGGCGGCGCGGCCGCCGCCAACUCCGCCCCCCUCCCGUCGUACUGGACGAUGGAGCGGCACGAGCGCAAGGACUGCAACCUCCCCACCAACCUGGCGCCGGAGGUCUACGACGCGCUCUCCGAGGUGCUCUCCCGCCGCGCGGCGCGACGCGGCGGCGCCACGAUCGCGCCCACCCCGCCGCCACCACCGCUCGCGCUGCCGCUGCCGCCGCCGCCGCCGCCCUCGCCGCCGAAGCCUCUCGUCGCGCAGCAGCAGCACCACCAUCACGGCCAUCACCACCACCCACCUCCUCCUCAGCCGCCGCCGUCGUCGCUGCAGCUCCCUCCGGCGGUCGUGGCUCCGCCGCCGGCGUCCGUUUCCGCGGAGGAGGAGAUGUCGGGGUCGUCGGAGUCGGGGGAGGAGGAGGAGGGGUCGGGCGGGGAGCCGGAGGCGAAGCGGCGGCGGCUGAGCCGGCUGGGGUCGAGCGUGGUGAGGAGCGCGACGGUGGUGGCGAGGACGCUGGUGGCGUGCGAGGAGAAGCGGGAGCGCCGGCACCGGGAGCUGCUGCAGCUGGAGGAGCGGCGGCUGCGCCUCGAGGAGGAGCGCACCGAGGUCCGCCGCCAGGGCUUCGCCGGCCUCAUCGCCGCCGUCAACAGCCUCUCCUCCGCCAUCCACGCCCUCGUCUCCGACCACCGCAGCGGCGACUCCUCCGGCCGAUGAUCGCCAUUGCAAUCAUAUGCAAUGCAGCAAGGACGAUCGAUGUAAAUAACCCAUGGAGAUGCAUGGAUCGAGGCAUCGGAUUAUUGUUUGGAAUGGCUGCAAGAAGAGGAGUAGCUAUAUAUUUUUUUUUUUGAGUGUGCAUCGCCAUCGCGUCGUCUGCGAGUAUUGGGAGUACGGUGCAUUGCAUGCACAACGCCUCCGUUUCUUGAUUUCUUUCUUUCUCUCCUGUGUCCUGUGAUUUUUUUGUUGUUUAUUCUUUUCGUGCAAUUAGUGGAGAGACUGGCAGGUGUGUGGUGUGAAUGAUCGAAAUGGUUAGUGUGGCUGCUGCUGC